AUGGAUUUCGACCACCUUGCAGAGCAGCGGUCGGAUAAAGUUUUCCAGGUAUGGUUACAGAAUUUGAUCAGAAAUUCACCAGAAGAACUGGCCGGUCAGCUUGCAGCUAAGCACCGGCCUGGGACACCAACCACGGCUUCACUGUUUUCGAAUGGUGCUUUCAAUGUCUGUUACCGGGUCACCUUCCAAGACGGCUUUCGCGUCUUGGUUCGAUUUACUGCCCUCGGUCGAGUCGUUUUUCGCAAUGAAAAGCUAGAAGAUGAGGUGGCAAUCAUGAAUUAUCUUGCUCAGAAUACAGCAAUCCCUGUUCCAAAGGUUCUAGGUUCUGGCAAAUGUGCAGUUGGCCCCUAUAUCGUCAUGACCAUUAUUGAAGGGACUCCCUUGUCUAGAUAUCUCAGGGACCCACUUAAAGGGACAAUUACUUUGAACCCUAAGAUUUCUGAGUCUGACUUGAAAAGGGCUUAUUAUGGCAUGGCUCAGAUCAUGCUUGAGCUGGCAAAACCAGCAUUUCCCUUUAUUGGAGCCCUGGGGCAGAACGAGUUAGGAGCUUGGACUGUGAAGAAGCGACCACUCAACUUCAAUAUGAAUCGGCUCGCUCAAUUCUCAAACAUCCCGCCUGGUAUAUUUGCAAAACAACGCUUUACCAAUGCGGCCGAUUACUUCGAGGAGCUUGCCAAACAACACCUAUAUCAUCUUGAGCAUCAACGCAAUGAUGCAGUUACAGAUGAGGCUGACUGCCGGAAGAAAUACAUUGCUCGCUGUCUUUUUCGCAAGAUAUCGCGGGAAGUAUCCAAGGAACACUGCAAUGGCCCUUUCCGACUCUUUUGUGAUGAUCUUCGGCCCGAUAACGUUCUUGUUGAUACGUCAAGAUCAAUUGUCACUGGAGUUAUUGAUUGGGAGUUUACAUACGCUGCCCCAGCUGAAUUCAUCUAUACCGCGCCAUGGUGGCUAUUGUUGGAGCGCCCGGAGGAAUGGGAGCCGGAUCUUAACCAAUUUUUAGUGCGCUAUAUCCCAAAAUUGCGCAUUUUUUUGGAGGCCCUUCGAGAGUGUGAGACUGCAAAAAUCAACGAGGGUUCCUUAUCAGAUUCGCAACGUCUAUCAGGGGCUAUGGAAAACUCGAUGGAGAAUGGGCUAUUCUGGGUCUGUCUUGCCGCAAGACACAGCUCUAUGUUCGACGAAAUCUACUGGACCUUUAUCGAUCGAAAGUACUAUGGGCCUUUUACCACAAUCCAGGAUCGAAUGGAUCUUCUAAAUGAAGAAGAGCGGGUGAAUCUUGAUGGCUUUGUUCAGAAGAAAAUGCAGCAGGCGAGGGAGGGCAAUUUGGUGUCCCAUCAGACCGUUGAUGAGAUGCUUAAUCUCUAG